AUGGCGAAAUGCUUCUAUAACAGUUCAAAUCUGAUCCUUACAAAUGUGACUGAAGAAGAGCUGGCAGCAAUAGAUAUAUUCCACUGCCAUGCGGAAUCAACCAUUGUUUUUGCUCUUGUAUUGUGUUUGAUUUUAAUUAUACUUGGCAUUCCUGGCAACCUCAUUACCGUUGUAGCACUAGCUUGGGACAAAAAAGUGAGGAACGCAACAGCUUUAUUCAUAAUAAACCUUCACAUAAGUAAUCUGAUGGUUUGCAUUAUGAUCUUGCCGCUGUCAGCGUCGGCUUUGGCGCAGAACCAUUGGGUAUAUGGAAAAGCAAUGUGCGUCGCGUAUGCGUACAUCAGAUUCACGCUGGCUACCAGUUCCAUCUUAAGUAUCUUAGCCAUCACUAUCACCAGAUUCAUAUUGGUGUGCUUUCCAUUCUCAUAUCUCAAAAUUUACAACAGAAGAAACAUAUCAAUAAUGAUACUGGUGAUCUGGGUAUCAGCCUUAACCAUGUAUAUGCCAUAUUAUUUCGGAGCACUGGGCGGCUUUGGUUUAGACUCCAACCAAGGAUUCUGCACCAUCAUAUAUGAAAAGAAUGGAGGAAUACUUUAUUUAAGUUUUGGCUAUGUGCUACCCAUUCUUAUUAUGAUUAUAUGUUACUUCAAAAUUUGGUGGACAGCAACGAAAAUGAAAAGGAAAAUGCAAAAUUUAUCUUCGUGUCCUUCAAAUAACGUAACAUACAAUUCGAAUAAUACUAGAAGUGCUUUAAGACCAAUUGUUAAUCGCGAUUCUUCCAGUCAAGGGCACACCGAUACGAGCGACAGUGAAGAAACUCCACCCAGUAGCGAAGCAAAUAAUCCCGGUGGAAGAAAUACCAUUGCAGAAGUGUUUCAGGCUACUUUUAGAACCGCCAAGAAAACAGACAGAGUAAAAGCACCAACAAGAAAAGACAAAAAGUUAUUUACCAUGAUAAUCGCUAUUAUUGUAGCUUACAGCUUCAUGCAGUUACCUGUAAUGAUAAAUAGAAUCCUUAUAUUGGAUAAACCUAAAUAUCCUUUUACGAUGGUAAUGUUACAAAUGGUUAAUUUUGCAGGUUAUUGUAUAAAUCCUAUUAUCUAUGUGUUUAUGUCUAAAGAAUAUCGACAGGCCUACAGUAAGCUUUUCAGAAUGAUAAUGCAUAAUCUUCGAAGAAUCCGUAAUUAG